CUACAGAGAGAGAGAGAGAGAGAGAGAGAGAAAUGCUGAUAGAUGUGCAAAAUGGCGCAAGCUCACUCGACCCCUUUGAGCCACAAAUUCUUCUAACUGUGGACAUAAGGGUUUAGCGGUUGGUUUCUUUCGCUUUGACCUGGUUUCUUUUUUUUGUAUCCUAAUAUUUUAAUUUCAAGGUGCUUCAAUGGUUUCCAAACGCUGCUACCUGUCCUGUGGCGCACUUGGAUUACUUCUGACCGCUUUAGUGGAGCUCGGUCACUGCACAGAGCUCGCUUUUACAGUGGAACCCAGUGACAUCAUUGCUGUCCAGGAGCAGCCUUUAAUGCUACACUGCCAAGUAGAUGGCAUCCAGCCAAUCACAACGUCGUGGAGGAGAAAUGGUGUGCUCUUAUUGGACGGUGAGAACAAUGGCAUGUUUGUCAAUGGAUCGCUGGUGAUCACCAGGUUCCAGAAGACGAAGGCCGACGGGUCCUCGGAUGAAGGGGACUAUGACUGCGUCGCCCAGAACCACUUUGGGCUGGUGGUCAGCCGGAAAGCAAAAGUGCAGGCUGCAACGAUGACUGAUUUCCACGUCCACCCCCAGUCGGUGCAGGUUGAGGAGGGGGGAGUCAGCCGCUUCCAGUGCCACAUUCACGGCCUGCCUGAGCCGCUCGUCAGCUGGGAGAAGAAUGGGGUGCCGGUUGACACAGACAACGAGAGGUACACACUCUUACCCACCGGCGUGCUGCAGAUCACAGGAGUCCGUGCCGAGGACAGCGGGAUCUUCCGCUGCGUUGCCGCCAACAUCGCCAGCGUCAAGCGCAGCCUGGAGGCCAGGCUCACUGUAUCAGGCUCUCAGUCAGCUGUUUACAAAGAACCCAUGAUUCUGGUUGGCCCCGAGAACCUCACACUGACAGUUCACCAGACCGCCAUAUUGGAAUGCGUUGCUACGGGAUACCCGCGACCCAUCGUGUCCUGGAGCCGGCUGGAUGGCCGCCCGAUUGGAGUGGAAGGCAUCCAGGUGCUGGGCACAGGGAACCUGAUGAUCUCUGACCUCACAGUGCAGCACUCUGGGGUGUACGUGUGUGCGGCAAACAAACCCGGGACCCGUGUUCGAAGGACUGCUCAGGGUCGCCUUGUUGUGCAAGCCCCUGCAGAGUUUGUACAGUCCCCGCAGUCCAUCUCGCGGCCGCUGGGCACCACAGCAAUCUUCACGUGUGUGGCACAGGGAGAGCCCACCCCCCAGCUCACCUGGCUGAAGAACGGGCAGAUCCUGGAGACCAACGACAACGUCAAACUGAGGAACAACAACAGCACCCUUACUAUCUAUGGGAUUAGCCUGGAGGAUGAGGCUAUUUACCAGUGCAUUGCGGAGAACAGCGCAGGCUCCACCCAGGCCAGCGCCCGGCUCACUGUGCUCUGGGUGGACGGGUUACCCAGUCCCCCUCGAGACGUGAAGGCUGUGACGGCCUCCUCCACUGCCAUCCAGGUGUUGUGGAGCCAGCCCCUGCAGAACACACAGGAGAUAAUCGGCUAUGUGCUGCACAUCCGCAAAACCAUAGAUCCCAUUGAAAUGGAGUACCAGGAAGCUGUUAGUAAAAGUACUUUCCAACAGUUGGUGUCUGACCUGGAGCCUUCCACCAGCUACGCGUUCUACGUGAAGGCCUACACCUCCCGCGGAGCCAGCAAGCCCUCAGAGACGGCCACAGAGAAGACGCUGGGGGAAGUUCCAGCCACCCCAUCACUCUUUAUUAAGGUUUUAAACAGCACAUCAAUCCAGGCCACAUGGGAGCCCUCUAUUAAGCUGGGCAUGCACAGGGGCUUUAAGCUGUAUUACCGCAAGGUCCACGUCUCGCACUUCACUGGCCCACUGCAGCUGCCCAGCAACAUCACGUCCUUCAACAUCACCCAGCUCGACCCCUCUGUGGUGUAUGAAGUAAAGCUCCUUGCUUUCAACCAGCAUGGAGAAGGGAACUCCAGCGUGCGCUUCGUAUCCCUGCGAGACACCGUCGAGCGCUCAGUGCUGAAUACCCCCUGCAACUGUGUAAAGGAUGAACAAAACAAAACUUCAACCACAGGCAUCAUCAUUGGGAUUCACAUCGGAGUCACCUGCAUCAUCUUCUGUGUCUUGUUCCUCAUGUUCGGAUAUCGUGGAAGGUUGCUCAUGUGUAAGAACGCACAGGAUCACUUGGCCACGCCUCAGGUCACCCGCAAUCAGACCAGGAGCUCAGCAGGGCUGGUGAUGAACAGAGUGUCGCGGAGGGACCUCGAUGAGACUGGGAACACUGGGAAACAGCCUGCCGAUACCAACGAGCUGGAGAGGCUGUUCCCAGGGACCCCACUCCGAGAACAGCCUGACAAAGGGAACGAGACUGACAACAUCCCUGUCACGUUGCACGACGAGACACAAAUCUCCACCCUCCCGCUAGAUGAAUUCAGCAUCACGGAAGAACGACAGCCGCCGAGUGAGAGUGCUCCAGUAGGGGGCGCCACUGGCCCUUCCCAGAACCACCUCCACCGAGCCGAGGAACAAGGAUGAACGCCAAGUUUUAGAACGCCUCUUGUAGGAUUCUUAUUAACAGUCUCAGGUCAACUGCAUGCUUCUUUUUUUAUUUAGAUUUUUUUGAAGGAUUGAUACUCAAGCUGCCCUUGAAAUGCCGUCAGGUCAGGUUUUUAUAAUUCUCGUCAGAUUCAGCCCUUUUAUCUUAUUUCUCUUAUUUUCUUUUGUUCUUAUGAAUGAUAAGAUGCUGUCAUAUUGGAUAGAUGGACGUUUCUUUAUCGCCGUCUCUCCAGAGGCUGGUUACAGGACACCGCUGUAAGGGACAACAGACCGAGAUUGCCAUCUUCAGCAAAGCCUGUUUGACAGACUUGUAGAUUUCAAUGAAUUGUUUAAUGUUGACAGCCCAGUUCCUACAUUUGUAGGCCUUUUAAUUUUAGAAAAGGAACUGUAAAGUCCUGCCAAUAACCUACCAAUGAUUCCAAACAAGGGGAUGCCAGAAGAGGCCUGCUCCAGGGAGUUCUCAGGAUUAUUUUUUUACUAUAAAGUUGUUUUUUUUUGCUCAGCUAUGUCAACGGUCUGCCCUACAUGUAGGCUAUUAUAGACUUGGCUAACAACCCUUAGGAUGCUCAAUAUGAACCUACCUCAGCCGGAAAUGAAUGUCUUCUGGGAAGCCACAGCUGUUGUGUCUUCCUUGGUUUUCAACGAGUAUCAUAUCACUUGGUCUGUACUUGUUUAGUACUACCUCAAAAAAAAAAAUUAUUCUGUUACACACCUGCUACAAAAUAUUUCCAACAUAAGCACUUCCUAACACUGAAGGCAAUGUUCUACCUCAAGUUUUUUUUAUUUGUUUUAUGUAUUAUAAAAAGUUCAUAUCUUUUUGUCGGGGGGGGGGGGGGGGGGGGUUCUCUUCCCUCCUUUGUUUGAUCUACUUGUGGAUUUGAUGGAGUCUCAAAAAACUGUAAAGGACAAGGUGUUGUAUGAAACUGUUCUUGUGAAGACUUUUAAAAUAGUGUUUCAUAUUUAGUAAUUGUGUUUCUGUAGUGUGUUCUGACAAAAAAAACAAAACCCUCUAGUAUUUUUUUUUGUGUGUAAAGACAGUUAGAUAUACAUUGUGCUGCUACUAGUACCCUGAGGAUACUUGUACAAAAAACAGCAACGCAGGUUCUGAAGAAUAAAAAUUAUAUCAUUUAUAAUUAACAAUAUAUAGCUGUACCCCUAAGGACUGUUUUGGGAAGUAUGAUUUAAAAAAUUCUAAGCAGUGAAUGUGUCCACUUAAAAGAAAAUUUGAAAGCUGAUAUUCAGCAGUACCAAGACCUGUUCUUGACUAUACUUUGUUCUGUGGGUCAGCUGAAUUGAAGGAUAGAAAUGGAAUGCACCUAAUUAUUUAUCAGUCAUGUAAAUGAUAUUGGCGUCAGACAAGUGUCACAGACCAGUUUACCAGCACCCUGGUAUUGAUUUCAACCAUGUCAUUCCCACAGAAAAGUACUUGGGUUGUACAGAAAAAAGAGAUGCAAGUAAACUGAAUAUAAUGGUACCUGCAUGCAUUAAAGUAACAAAGUGAAGUAACUCCAGCAUCAUGGGAACUUGUUUCAAAGCUGUUAUUUGAUGAUGCUGUACGAUCAGCUCAUUCUCACCUACUGUAUAAAUUCAACCUUGUCCUGUCUUUGUCCAUAUGACCGACGACAGUGCUCAAGAAAAGACACUCGGGCUGUGGCACUGUGGUGGACGAUUUCUGCCUGAAAAAGAGUACAGUUACGUUUCAGUUCCCUUUUUUUCUGGGCCAGUCAGUAUAAUUCAGUCUUUUUUAAAUGUGUAAAACGAGUAGCUCCUGUUCCCAGGGGUAUGAGUGGCAGUGUCUUCUGUGGAGCUCGUCUUUAAAGCCUUAGAGCUGGUGGUUCUGUACUGUAGCUUGAGUAGAUGCAUGUGCCAGGUCCCCUACCUCAAUACAAGCAGCCAUUCUCUCAUGGUGGUCUGUAAGUUUAUAUAAUCAGUAAGUCCAGGAAAGUUCAAUACAGGUUGUACAUUAACACAGUCUACUGCAAGGGCAUUCACUGCAGGUUCACUGGAGUAUGUGGACAAAAAAAAUUUAAAUAUCAUUUCAGGUAAUGAAUGUAAUAGAUUUGUGACUUUUAUUAUUGUUGCUUUAUGUAUUCUCUUUUUCGCAUUACAAUGUUUUAUGUGGUUUGUACAGUUCUGUACUCAGGAGUGUUUAAAAAUCGCAAAUAGUGAUAUCUUAUGGUAUAGAUGUAGUGUGGUUGAACUACAUUUCCCAGAGUGCAAUGUGACACGCUCCACACUGUAGUGUACUGAUUAUCAGGACCCUGUGGUUGAGUGUUAGCUAUAUAGUAAUUCUGCAUAGUAUAGAGGUACACUAUAAAGCCAUAGCACCUGCUUACAUACGCAACAUAUUAGAAAGUUUUCAGACUGCAACACAGCAUAGCUAUGCCAGGGAUCAUGUGACCAUACUUCCAUUUUAUUGCAACAAAUCCCCAUCGACAAGAGGAAAACAUGGAACCUGUUUUCCACAUUCUCUGUUGCCUCAAACACUCAAGUCGCUGACUCAGUAGUCCUUGUUAUAUGCAGUACACAAAGGCCUGGAAUAGUUAACUCUGUGAAAUGCAAAACGGGGGGAAGCACUGAUAAAUCCACUCUCCAGACUGAGAUGCUCAGAAUUCCAGGCAUACUCCAACCUUCUGAAUAAAGAAAGUAUUUCAAUGGUAUGAACCAGUAAUUGUAGCUCAACAAAUAUUUUCUUUUAAAGUAUGUUUCAAUUGAAAUUUGCUUUGUCAUCCACAGUGUUUUUCACGUGUGUUUUUAUAUGUAAAAAAAACAACAAUGACCAUCAUCACAGAAUUUAAAGGGUCUAAUGUGAUAAUGUGCCAGAGUGAUAUCUAUGAGUGUGUAAUACUUGUGUUUGCCCUUGAACGGAAUAGAUCCGUCCAGAAAGCUAGCCUGCUGUUGUUGACUGCAAAGAUUGGGAUCCCAUUCCAGAAGGAAUAUGAGAGCGGCCCACAUUUUAUCCACUAGACAGAUUAAUUAACUGGAGGAGGAUAAAUCUGACGUAACCCAAUCAAACCCUAAAUGAUCUAAUCCCAUUAAUUGCAGCGUUUACAGCAGCCUGUUAUUCUGGGCAGAUUAACAUCCCGAGACUCUGAGAGGGACUUCAGGGAAUGUGUCCUCAUGGUAUUGUUUGAGUAGCUAGUAGUGUGAUAGUAGUAACAGGGUAUUUUUCUACUGUUCGAGUCCAGGUAUUUAUUUUGUAAAGCUUCUCUGUAGUGCUCAAGAUCACAUGGGAGGGUGAAGCUUCCACCAGCCAAAUAAACAGCAGUGUAUGUAUUAAAGAAAAGUUAUAAAGGCAACUCCACUUCAACCCAUUAAUUAUCCAGUUUGGACUUUCCCACUGCCUUCUUAACUAAAUACAAUAAUACACACUCGGCCUGCGUCAAUGCAGGUUACUGGUAUUAAGGGUGGCUCUAUUAAACUGUUAAUGUUCAGACCUCAGCAAGGGCAUUUAUGUCCAACUUUCAACUGCAUUUUCGUUUUUCAGUAGCGGCUAAUUCCUCUUGUCCUGAGUUUACCCCAUUUUCGGAAUUGCCCAGUGGAAUAGACAUAGAAUUAACACGCAGUUAAGCUCCAAAUAUUGCUAUGGCAACAGCAGGGUAUUUAAGAGAUUGUAGUAAGAAGCUCAAACCUUGAGUCCUGAAAAACAAACAGUUUGCUGUGCCAAAGUGUUGCUGGUUCAGCUUUUAAAAGCUUUGAAAAGGAUCAGGAUGAAUAGACCACAAAUUCUUCUGAAUAUGUAGUAUCAAACACUUUGGUGUUCAACAAUUUAGUUGUUAGAGAAUUAGAAUCCCCCUACUGUUUCUAGGAGCUCGUCACAAAGAACAGUUCCCCUUUUUCCCUCCCUGCUAGCUUUUCUUUAUGUACGGCUGAAAUAUUGUCAGUGUAUUUCAAUAGUUUGUGUUCCCUUUCUGUUUUCUAUAUGCUCAGGGCAAUCACUCAAAGCCUCAACGCUGUCAGAAGUUUGCAGAGCAUUUCCCUUCAUGCUAAAUUUCUGCUGCACGUUGUCUAAACCCCGUACCCCCUCCUGCUUGAAGACUUGCUGGUGUGAAGCUUGAAGCCUCGCAGUUUACUCAGUACCACUCUUGUGAUUCUGGAAAUGUGUUUGUUACAAAACCAAUCUUAAUCUAUACGUAGAAGUGUUACCAUGAAGUAGUGUAUCUCACAUAUGUUCCCUUAUAUUAUGUACUGUAUAUACUGUAAACAUAACGGAGAGAGAUGAACUAACCCAUGUACGAGCAAACGCUGCUCAAGCUGUGACACUGGAGUAUAUCAGCUAUCCAAGACUCUGAAAUAUAUUCACUGGUGAUGUCACAACAGCAGAUGCAAUGCUGAAAUCUUUUUUAAAAUGUUAGUAUUUGUUAUGUUCUCCAGUUUGGCAAAUGGGACACGUAUUUCAGGGUGAUGAGCUUCAGACAGGGACUUCAGCUUUAGCCCCCACUCUGUGGCCAUUAUAAAGGGAUCUGCAGUACCCACGGCUGUUUGGCUGUAACCGACCAGCAUCUGUAGCAACUACACUGCAGGGAAAAAGAAUAUCUGCAGAGUGCAACAUUCCGGUAUGGAUUCCCCUCGACAGCGCAGGGGCAUUUCAAAUACUGCGCAAUGUGGAAACGGCUCAAACGCCAAAAAGCAGAAGCCCCUGUUCAGCUGCCUGUUUAAUCAAAUCCCACAUGCACGAUAGGUCAGAACAGCCGAUGAGAAGUUAAGAUCUAAAAUAAAAGCACAAACUUUAUUCAGGUCACAAUUCCUCUGCUAGCUGUAGCUGCUGAAGAUCUCGGAUUGCCCGUCCUUGUCCCAGGCUCAGCCCUUGGACCUAUGUUUCAGGUAAAGAGGAGUUCUCAAAGCCUUGUGUCAGGAAGCACUUUUUUUUUUUUUUUCUACAAAGUUGUAUUCUCCAUCUCUGUUGAAGUCCCGCUGAUGCUAUGACUGUUGGUCAGUUAUAAAAUAAAAAAAACAACUAGAUGAUUUUGUAGUUCGUAUUGUUUAGAGUUCAUUGUGAGAC